AUGGAUCUCAAGCAAGCCUUCUCUGCUACAAUCUUCUGCCUUCUGCUUCUAUUCUGCGUGGGCUGCAGAUGUCGGCCUUUAGAAAUAGAGGCCACCCAGACAGCAACCCUCAAGGUUGAUGCCUCGCCACAACUUGCCCGGAAGAUUCCUGAAACACUGUUUGGGAUAUUUUUUGAGGAGAUCAACCAUGCAGGAGCUGGUGGUAUAUGGGCAGAGCUUGUCAGUAACAGAGGUUUCGAAGCUGGAGGCUCUCAUACUCCAUCAAACAUUGCCCCGUGGUCCAUCAUUGGAGAUGACUCCUCCAUAUUCGUGGCGACUGAUCGUACAUCAUGUUUCAGUCGAAACAUUGUUGCUCUGAGGAUGGAGGUCCUCUGUAAUAACUGCCCAGCUGGUGGUGUUGGUGUUUACAACCCAGGUUUUUGGGGCAUGAACAUAGAAGAUGGGAAGGCUUACAAUCUCAUUAUGUAUGUUAAGUCUCCGGAAACAACGGAUUUAACAGUUUCAUUAACAAGCUCUGAUGGGUUGCAAAACUUGGCAUCAGCUACGAUAACAGUUUCUGGCACAUCAAAUUGGACAAAAGUGGAGCAGAAGCUGGUUGCUAAAGGAACCAAUAGAACCUCAAGGCUUCAAAUAACAACUAACAAAAAAGGAGUUGUAUGGCUUGAUCAAGUAUCACUCAUGCCUGAAGACACAUACAAGGGGCAUGGUUUCCGCACAGAACUUAUAUCCAUGCUUUUGGAUUUAAAACCACGGUUCUUGAGAUUUCCUGGAGGUUGUUUUGUAGAAGGUGAGUGGCUAAGAAAUGCAUUCAGAUGGAGAGAAUCUAUUGGUCCAUGGGAAGAGAGGCCUGGACACUUUGGGGAUGUUUGGCAUUACUGGACUGAUGAUGGGCUUGGAUAUUAUGAGUUUCUUCAGCUUGCAGAGGACCUGGGUGCUGCCCCAAUCUGGGUAUUCAACAAUGGAAUCAGCCACAAUGACGAAGUUGAUACUGUAGCUAUUGCUCCUUUUGUAAAGGAUGUAUUGGACAGUCUAGAAUUUGCAAGGGGGAGUGCAGAUUCAACAUGGGGCUCUGUUAGGGCUGCAAUGGGGCACCCUGAACCUUUCCCGGUGAAACAUGUCGCGAUUGGAAAUGAAGAUUGCGGGAAAAAGUUUUACCGUGGUAAUUACCUCAAAUUCUACAAUGCUAUAAGAGAGGCCUAUCCAGACAUUCAAAUGAUUUCAAACUGUGAUGGUUCAUCUAGACCACUUGACCAUCCUGCGGAUUUGUAUGACUUCCAUGUCUAUACUGAUUCUAAGACUUUGUUUAACAUGAGGAGCCAAUUUGACAGAACAUCCCGUAGUGGACCCAAGGCUUUUGUGAGUGAGUACGCUGUCUGGAGAAGUGAUGCGGGUAGAGGAAGUCUUCUCGCUUCAUUGGCUGAAGCUGCUUUCCUUACUGGUCUGGAGAAAAACAGUGAUAUUGUUCAGAUGGCAAGUUACGCUCCACUCUUCGUGAACGACAAUGAUCAAACGUGGAACCCGGACGCUAUUGUCUUCAACUCCUGGCAACAUUAUGGAACUCCUAGUUACUGGAUGCAGACAAUUUUCCGUGAGUCCAGUGGUGCCAUGAUCCAUCCAAUUAAUAUCAGUUCCCGGUACUCAAGCUCGCUAGCUGCAUCUGCAAUUACGUGGCAGGAUUCAGAGAAUAGCUUCCUAAGAGUAAAGGUUGUAAACUUUGGGUCGAACACUGUUAGCCUCACGAUCUCCACAAGUGAACUUGAGGCCAGUGUCAACUCGCUGGGAUCAACCGCCACUGUUCUCACAUCUGGCAACGUUAUGGAUGAGAACUCUUUCAGUAACCCAAACAAGGUUGCGCCGGUGAAAAGCCAGCUGAGCAACGCUGCGGAGCAGAUGCAGGUGACGCUGGCUCCUCACUCCUUCACCACGUUCGAUCUGGCGCUGGCUCAGUCCAAGCUUGUGGCGGAGAUGUGA